AUGCGUUCUUGGAUACCUCUUCUUUUCAUUUUCGCCAUUUUGGCUAUUGUUGCUAACGCAGAAUCAUCUUCGGAAUCUUCUUCUGACUCUUCCGAGGAGGUGAAGGGUUCUGGAGCUCCAGCCAACUUCCCAUCCCUCGAAAUUUUGAUGGUCGAUCCAGCUAGUUCGGAUGUCCUUCCUGGUCCAGGUGACAAUCGUAAGAAGCGAGGACUUCCUAGUUACUACGAUAUCCGCAAGAAGCGUAACCUCCCAUCCGCCUACGAUAUUCGCAAGUAA